CCUCCCGCCCCAAUCUGGUGUACCCCUGCACCCUGCGUCCCGGCCCCGAGUCCCUCUCCUCGCUCCCAAGUCCAGCCCUCGCCCCGCCCCGGCCCAGCCGCCAUGGAGCGCUGGCCUUGGCCGUCGGGCGGCGCCUGGCUGCUCGUGGCGGCCCGCGCGCUGCUGCAGCUACUGCGCGCAGACCUGCGUCUGGGCCGCCCGCUGCUGGCGGUGCUGGCGCUGCUGGCCGCGCUCGACUGGCUGUGCCAGCGCCUGCUGCCCCCGCCGGCUGCACUCGCGGUGUUGGCUGCCGCCGGCUGGAUCGCGUUGUCCCGCCUGGCGCGCCCGCUGCGCCUGCCGGUGGCCACUCGCGCGGUGCUCAUCACCGGCUGCGACUCUGGUUUUGGCAAGGAGACGGCCAAGAAACUGGACGCCAUGGGCUUCACGGUGCUGGCCACCGUGUUGGAGUUGAAUAGCCCCGGCGCCCUAGAGCUGCGUGCCUGCUGUUCCCCUCGCCUAAGGCUGCUGCAGAUGGACCUGACUAAGCCAGCAGACAUUAGACGUGCGCUGGAGUUCACCAGGGCUCACACCACCAGCACUGGCCUGUGGGGCCUGGUCAACAAUGCAGGCUUCAACGACAUAGUAGCCGACGUGGAGCUAUCUCCAGUGGCCACAUUCCGCACCUGCAUGGAGGUGAAUUUCUUUGGUGCAUUGGAGCUGACCAAGGGCCUCCUGCCGCUCCUACGCCACUCAAAGGGUCGCAUUGUGACAGUGGGUAGCCCAGCAGGAGACAUGCCAUAUCCAUGCUUGGCAGCCUAUGGGACCUCCAAGGCAGCCAUGGCACUGCUCAUGGACUCAUUCAGCUGUGAACUGCUUCCCUGGGGGAUCAAAGUCAGUGUCAUCCAGCCUGGCUGCUUCAAGACAGAGUCAGUGAGAAAUGUGAGCCAAUGGGAACAGCGCAAGCAAUUACUACUGGCCAACCUGCCCCAAGAGCUGCUGCAAGCCUACGGUGAAGACUACAUCGAACACUCGCAUGGGCAGUUUCUGCAUUCGUUGAGCCUGGCCCUACCUGACCUCAGCCCGGUUGUCGAUGCCAUCACUGACGCGCUGCUGGCAGCUCGGCCACGCCGCCGCUAUUACCCAGGCCGUGGCGUGGGGCUCAUGUACUUCAUCCACUACUACCUGCCAGAGGGCCUGCGGCGCCGCUUCCUGCAGAACUUCUUCAUUAAUCCCUGUCUUCCCAGAGCACUGCGGCCUGGCCAGGACACACCCCAGGCCCUAAAACCCAACCCAAACCCUUCCCCGGUGGCAGCUCGGUGAGCUCUGUGUAUAUAAGGCCUAGCUGCUCCAGCAUAGGAGGCUCUGUGAGCCCUUGGCUCUUCCCUGGCUAUUAUGACCCCCCCGAAGCCUAUCCUAGAGCCUAGCCUAAACCACCCCAGCCCUACCCACUGCAGAUGCCCAGUCCAGGCCCAGAAGGCUGAGGUUUUCCAGUGAGCUUCUGGGCCUCUCUAAUGCUUCAUGAGCCUACAAAGACACCUCUUGGGCACAGUGUUCCACCCUUCAGCUUGGAGAACCCAGUUGAAUGGGGAGUUUAGUGCACGAUUUAGCUGUAGCCUUUGACAGGACCCUACAAACAGUACCUCUGCAAAUUAAGGAGUGACUGGGUGAUUAGGGACCCCUCCAGGAUUGUUUCUCAGCACCCGUGCCUCAGUGGUGCAAAUCCAUGGUUAAAUUCCAACUGUCUCUUGACCAACUCAAGAAUUGGAAGCCCAGCCUCUCUCCCCAAGCCAUAAGGAA